GUCAUUUUCACUGCGAGACACCACACACAAGACAACGCACUUCCAUUGCAGCUGCUGCAUAUUGGAGAAAGCACAGGAUGUCGGCAGAGAGGCUAGCAGAAGGUCAGGCAAAGCUGCAACAAGCAAAUGACGCAGCAACAGAGAAAGACUAUGCACAGGCAGAAUCCCUGUACAGACAAAUCCUCACACAACCCUUUGACAACGAUGCAGAACUACGUCUCCAUGAAGCAGGCCUCACGGGACUCGCGAAAGUACUGCAACACACAAACAAUGCAGACGCGCUCGUGACACUCAUCAAGGAGUCGCGCGGAUUUUUGGCUCGUUUUGCUAAAUCCAAGACGGCAAAGCUGAUGCGCACAUUGAUGGAUGCACUUGCUGCCAUUCCAGACUCAACGGCAUUGCAGAUUGAUGUCACGCGUGACUCCAUCCAUUGGGCUCAACAAGAGAAGCGUGUCUUUUUACGACAAUCGCUUGAGACGCGGCUCGUAUCGCUGCUGCUGACAUCGGCACAGUAUCAAGACGCACUGGACUUGAUUGCUUCAUUGCUCACUGAACUCAAGAAACUCGAUGAUAAGCUCCAGCUCGUUGAAGUGCACUUGCUAGAAUCACGCGUUCAUCACCUCCUUCGCAACUUGGCAAAGAGUAGAGCUGCGCUGACGUCUGCUAAGACCGCAGGAAAUAGCGUAUAUUGCCCUCCAGGCCUGCAAGCACAAAUGGACCUGCAAUCUGGUAUCUUGCAUGCUGAAGAGCACGACUAUGAAACAGCCUACUCGUACUUCUUUGAAGCACUUGAAGGGUUCUCCGCACAGGAACAUCAUACACAAGCACAACAGACUCUCAAAUACAUGCUGCUUGCAAAAAUUAUGCUCAAUCAGGGAGACGACGUUCAGCAGCUGCUCAAAGGGAAAUGGGCUACUCAGUACGCUGGUCGUGAUCUUGACGCCAUCAAAGCCGUCGCUCAAGCGCAUGGCAAUCGAUCCCUUGCAGAGUUUGAAGGUGCUUUAUCGACGUUUCAACAAGAACUCGCCUCGGAUGCCAUUGUGAGACAGCAUUUCGCUGCUUUGUACGAUACACUCCUCGAGUCCAAUCUCGUCAAGGUCAUUGAACCCUUUUCGACAGUGGAAAUUCCACACGUUGCAAAACAGGUUGGCUUGAGUCCUGCACAAGUCGAAGCAAAACUCUCACAAAUGGUCUUGGAUAAAGUCAUUUUUGGCGUGAUUGAUCAAGGCACCGGGUGUCUUGUCUUGCACGACGAACCUGAACUCGAUCAAUCGUAUGAAGCGGCACUGGAGACAAUCAAGCAGAUGAGUACGGUGGUGGAUUUGCUGUAUGAAAAGGCAGUCAGGGAAGCAAGCGAGCAGGAUAAGCGUGAAGCAGAAAGAGACAAGCAGCUGAAGCUGGAUGCUGCUGCCUUGGCUCCACAAACAGAUGCAGAAGUACCAGCUUAGUUCUAGAUUUACCAUUCCUAACACGGCGCUUCUUAUGCAUUCGGGUCUGUCCUCUCUUGAAACAUGUAGCCAGUAACGUGGCGGUGCUCCUUCAGCAUAGCCAUGUAACGGUCAGCAAGAUGCUUGCAAGUGACAUAGUGAUUCACGCCCUCGGAUUUAUAGCACCGCGCAAGUUCAUCGCGAACAAGCCGCUGCUCCAUCGUCUUGAUCCACUGCUCUCGAAUCAUGGUAUUGCGCGCAGCAACCACUUGUUUGCGGUCAUUGAAGUCGAUUGUGUCGUAGGUGAUGCUCGGAUCAUGUGAACUGAGCGAGCUGGCGGGUGCGGAACUCAC